CAGCUUGUCAUAAGGGUUUACAUUGAGAACGCAAACUGUAUUGUUAAAUUACCGUACGACUAGAUCAGUGCGUAAUUGAAGAGAGGAAACCUGCCUGUUUGGAUUAUGGUAUACAGGAUUACUUAAUCCGUGACGCAGCACAAUAGCAAGACAGUGCGCAAUCUGCAUCGCAGGCAGUCUCGUCUAAUGAGGAGAAACUCUGAUAAAGUAAGAAUUUAUCAUUAUGUAAUAUUCAAAAUAUAGUAUUCACGGUAUGGAUAUGUUGAUGUUGGGGCACACAUGCUGUCAGUGUCUUUAGAUGACACUUUAUCACUGGAGUGGAAGCCACAGUUAGCCGGUUAGGAGCCACUUCAUUUGGUUCUCCGUUAGCUUGUUUUUAGCGGGGUAUGCUAGCUAACUCCCUAUGGUUAUCACGCAAUCUUACAACCUACAAUGAAUAGUAAAGCGUGGUGGAAAUGUAUCUUACUAAGUAAGUGUGGCGUUUGUUUGUACCCUUUUAGCGAUGUAAACAACGCGUUUAAUAGUUUAGACAUGAUUUUAAAAUACGUCACAUGCCAUUGUUGCUGCCUCCCUGUGUUACAACGUUAGCUGGCUCACUCAGACUCAGUUUCAGCACAAACUUUGAGUGAAUUUAACCUUUGAGGACACUUCCAUUAGUAUGACAGCUAAAAUAGCUGCUAAUGAUGGAUCUUACACGUGCUGUCGCUUGUCUGCCUCUCCUCCUCCAGCAUGUUGCGUUUGCCUGCUGUGAGCCGGAGUCUGUUUCCAGCAGCUGCUGCCAAAGGAGGUGCGGCUGCUAACCAUGGUAACAAUAUGCCUCUUCAUCUACUGAUUAAUUGAUCAUGCCUUCAUUAAGAACAAUCCUGUCCUGUAUUGCAGACCACCCAUUUGUUAAUUGGGUGUUUUGUGUUAGCAGUAAGGUUUUUUUUUUCCAGUUUGUUCCACUGAUGGAUUAUAGACAGGAUUACAGCUUUGCCAGCUACCAAAUCUGGUGCCUGGCUGUAGCUGGCUCAAUUUAGACUCUGGUGUCAGUGGAAAUAAUUAGUUCAUUUACUUUGAAAAAAGAGGAGGCCAUUGUUAUGGUAGAAGUGAUUGUAUAUUAUGUAACUGUUUAAUGGUCUUUGAGUGAAAAGAAGUUUUGUUUUCUGUCUGUGCCUUCAGCUCGCAAUGCUGCAACUGCAGCAGCACCUGCCAGUAACCUCCUGGAGGUGUUUGUGGAUGGGACACCUGUCAUGGUGGAGCCAGGGACCACCGUGUUACAGGUAAGGUAGUUUAUUCAUGCACCCAGUUGUUUAACCUUCUUCCUGUGUUAGCUUUUACUACGCACCCACCAUGUUAAGGGUCGGUUUUGACCCUUGACUUAAAUCAGCUGUAAAUUACACUAAAAACAAUUAUGUACUAUCCAAUUUGGUUCUCAUCUCUAGGUUACCUUGUUAGGCUUCAUUAUCCAUGAAAAUAUUGCUUAUAAUAUUUUUUGAUGUGGGUCUUUGGGCCUUUCUUUGUCAGUAUACCCCUCACAAAGAUAUCUAUACUGGAUUGAUCUCAAAUAUCUGGACAUACCCCACAUAGUUUUUUGAAAAACGUGGCAAACUGAGAAUUUCCUAAAUCUCACAUGAUUUGAAGAGGUUCUGACUGUCAUUGUGGUGCCUAGCAGUGCACUUAUGAUUACAGUUUUUGCUCUAAAAUUAGAUAUUGAUCGAACCGUGUCAACAGUGAUCAUAACACGACAAGUGUCAUAAUUUUAAUAAGAGAAUUUUAUAAUUUAGUCAAUUGAAUAUUUUUAUUUUGUUGAAAUAGAGGUUCCUGAUAAAGUCAAAAAGUCUUGAAACAAAAAAGUUAAUUAAAGUGGUUCCUCUAAGCAUUUAAAAUCAAAAAUGGGUCGGUGCAGACCCAAACACAGGAGGAGGGUUAAGAUAAUUCAAGUUAUCUUUGGUCACUAUAUGAAUUGUGAAACAUAACUCACUAUUGCCACAGGCGUGUGAGAAGGUAGGAAUGCAGAUUCCUCGCUUCUGCUACCAUGAGCGCCUGUCAGUCGCUGGAAACUGUCGCAUGUGUCUUGUGGAGAUAGAGAAAGUCCCAAAGGUGUGUUUGUUCAAGUCUGUAUUUUUAAACUUUAACUUGUCUUCAACUGUUUGUUAUCUCAGUAUGAGAGAGAUUAAUAUUUCCAUGCUUAAAAUAAUAAUUUGUCAUUCAUGUUGUAGCCCGUUGCAGCUUGUGCUAUGCCAGUCAUGAAGGGUUGGAACAUUUUAACCAACUCUGACAAAACAAGAAAAGCCAGGUAAGAAAAACUCACAAGUUAGACAAAGUAGGCUUCAUAAUCUAAGGUUCAUCUUCAUGAAUAUGUUGUUGUACUCAUUUUGGACUGUAAUAAUAUAUAACAUACUUUUUUGUGGUUACACAGAGAAGGUGUGAUGGAGUUCCUUCUGGCUAACCACCCGUUAGAUUGUCCAAUUUGUGAUCAGGGGGGUGAAUGCGAUCUGCAAGUAAAAAAAAAAUUACCCAACUUGUAAAUUUUAACAACUCAGCUUGUGUAUUAAAGUUGUUUCCUGUACUUGUUCUCCUUAAACUCAAAUGUCAUUUUGUUCCAAGGACCAGUCGAUGCAGUUUGGCAGUGACAGGAGCCGCUUCACAGAGGGUAAAAGAGCUGUGGAGGACAAGAACAUCGGGCCUCUCAUUAAAACCAUUAUGACUCGCUGUAUUCAGUGCACUCGCUGUGUGCGGUGAGCCACACAUCAAUUUCAUCCAAAUUAUGGUGAGCUGCUGGUUCAUUUUAGUAUGACAAAACAUCAAUCAAGUCUUUUUUUUUUGUUGUUGUUGCUACAGCUUCGCCAGUGAGAUUGCAGGAGUGGAGGAUCUGGGUACCACUGGCAGAGGCAAUGAUCUCCAGAUUGGGACCUACGUGGAAAAGAUGUUCAUGUCCGAGUUAUCAGGGAAUGUCAUUGACAUAUGUCCAGUAGGAGCCUUGACUUCUAAACCAUAUGCUUUCACCGCUCGCCCUUGGGAAACCAGGUUUGGGAAUUUUGCUUGGCGCGUCAUCAUCUUCUUAGGAUGAGAAGUUAGUUUUCAUUCUCAUGUUUUAUCUUUGGUUUCUCCUGCAGGAAAACUGAAUCCAUUGAUGUUCUGGAUGCUGUGGGUAGUAACAUAGUUGUGAGCACUCGUGGAGGUGAGGUUAUGAGAAUCCUGCCUCGUCUCAACGAGGAUAUUAAUGAGGAGUGGAUUUCAGACAAAACCAGGUUCAUGAUGGAUCACAAAGUUCUUCACAGAUGUAGAUUUUCACCUUUUCUGCACUAUUGCUGAAGUCUUUGUUGCUUUUGUCCUGACAGGUUUGCUUAUGAUGGUCUCAAGAGGCAGAGGCUUACUCAGCCCAUGGUGAAAAAUGAGUCCGGGCAGCUGGUCCCUACAACCUGGGAGGAUGUGCUGACUCGAGUUGCUGGAGCAGUAUGUUAUUUAUGAUAGAAUGACCCAUAACUAUGUAUGAUCAUUUGCUGCUUGUGUUUAGCAUCUGUUUCAUUUGACAGUUGCAGGGAGUGAAGGGCAGUGAAGUUGCUGCUGUUGUCGGAGGCUUAGCAGACGCAGAGGCUCUUAUUGCUCUGAAAGACUUGCUGAAUCAUUUGAACAGUGACAACCUGUGCACAGAGGAGGUGUUCCCAAUGGCUGGAGCAGGGUAAGACUAUAGAGGGAGUGAAAUCCUGUAUAAUAAUCAAAAAUCCAGGUGCAGUAAAGCUGAUGCUAGUUUGUGUUUUGACUCAUGGCUUCUUCAGCUCUGACUUGCGUUCAAACUAUCUUCUAAACACUGGAAUCGCCGGAGUUGAAGAAGCUGACCUGCUGCUUCUGGUUGGGACCAACCCACGCUAUGAGGCUCCUCUGUUCAAUGCCCGAAUCAGAAAAAGGUACGGCAAUACUGUAAAUAAAGGAUGUAAAAAUUAUAGAACUGUCAAAGUUGUUGAUUGGAUAUAUACUGUAUAUGACACAUAAAUGUACAUGCUUUUACAUUCUCUCGGUACCUUCAAUUCAGCUGGCUUCACAAUGAGCUGCAAGUGGCUCUUGUAGGACAAAAGGUGGACUUGAGUUACACAUAUGACCACCUUGGGGAAACUGGCACAGUUCUCCACGAAAUCGCAGCAGGAUCUCAUCCUUUUUCUCAGGUAAUGCUCAGAACUCUCAGUAUUACAAUUUAUGUUUUCAGUCCAUUUGAAUGUACUUCCUUAUAAUUUGUAUUUUAUCUGCUCUUAAAGGUCUUGGCUAAAGCCAAGCAUCCUGUUGUUGUGGUUGGGAGCAGUUGCCUGCAGAGAGAGGAUGGGGAUGUGAUAAUGGCUGCUGUGUCAACCAUUGCUCACAAUGCUCGCGUCAGCAGUGGUGCUGAGGAAACCUGGAAGGUCCUCAAUGUGCUUCACAGGUCAUAAUCUUGGAAUAUUUAGUCAGCAGUUUUAUGGUGACAGGAUAGUGUUCAAGAGAGGUUAAAGGAAGUUGAUUAUUUUUUUUUUCAACAUCUUUGACUUUAGGGUGGCAAGUCAAGUGGCUGCACUUGAUCUUGGGUACAAGCCAGGAGUGGAGGCUAUCAGAAAGACCCCACCCAAAGUUCUUUUCCUGCUUGGAGCUGACUCUGGCUGCAUCACCCGCCAAGAUCUCCCCAAGGAUAGCUUCAUAAUAUACCAAGGUUGGCUAGUGUACUCGUGGCUAGUGUACAGCACAGUGGCAGAAACUUAAAUUACAUUCAUUUAUGCAUGACAGUUGAGAGAGACAACGUAUUUCCAUCUCACAUGAGUGAAAUUUAAAACCUGAGAAAUAAGUAAAUAAGCUGAAUGAAAGAAGCUGCUUUGUGAUUCAUGAUAACAUUUUCAAACCCAGUUGAACACUUCUUGGUAGAUUUCAGACUAAAAAGUUUUGUCUCCCAUAAUAAUCACAGAUAAAUCAAAUGUGAGUAUAUCUUUUGUUCUGAAAUUAGACGUAUUUUAGCUCUCUGCUCGAUCUUUCCAGGUCACCACGGUGAUGCUGGCGCACCAAUGGCAGACAUCAUACUUCCCGGAGCUGCAUACACUGAGAAAUGUAGCACCUAUGUGAACACUGAAGGCCGUGCCCAGCAGACCAAAGUUGCAGUGACUUCUCCAGGCAUGGCCAGAGAGGACUGGAUGAUCAUCAGAGCCAUAUCAGAGGUGAACUGUACUCAAAGAUAAUCCUUGUUUUGUUAAAACAAAAGAAAAAAUUAAAAUAAAAAACAUGACUCAAUUCUGUUUCUUUUAAGCUUGCUGGAGUGACUCUGCCAUAUGACACUCUUGAUGAAGUGCGUAAUCGACUGGCAGAUGUUUCCCCAAAUUUGGUUCGAUAUGAUGAUGUUGAGGAGGCUAACUAUUUUAAACAAGCUAAUGAACUGUCAAAGGUCAGCUCUUCUUUUCCUCUAGUUUUCUAUCAAAACGUGUUCAAAUUGUUUACUUCACUCCGUGUGUCUCUAUGUUAGUGAUAUCUGGCUUUUAUCUUCCAGGCUGUGAACCAGACUGUCCUUUCAGAUCCUUUAGUCCCUCCACAGCUCACUGUAAAGGACUUCUAUAUGACAGGUGGGUUGUCAGUAUUGUGGAUCUCCUCUGACCAGAUACUAUACUCAAAAUUAGUACUAUCAGUCGAGAAACUUCAUGGAAAUUUCAUUAAGCCGUUAAUAUUUAAGAUAUUCAUUUUUACCAGAUGAGCUUAAGAAUAUUUUUAUCACAAAUUAUUUAAAGCCAAAUAAAUGCAUUCUAGUUUUGGUAUUGUUUCUUCUAUAUCAAGUGAGUAACCAAAUUCUUUUUCAACUGGUAAUCUGUUUUUUAAUACAUGUUUUUGAAACGAUCGAACAAUAAAUUAAUACUACAUGUUCAAAAUUAUUUUCUUUAUAUGUUGCCAUAGAAUGUAAAACCUUCUGUUUUUGCAAAACUGCACUAUAAAUCAGCACUAGUUUCUAAAAAAAAAACUUAGUUUUAAAUGUAUAUUAUUGCUAAGCCUCUUACUCAAUUUUAUCUGUGUUGUGUUGUUUUUAUAAUGCAAGGGCAUAAGGACUUAUUUGUUUAUUUUUUUCUUUUAAUUAGAUGCAAUAUUAAACAGAUUUUCAUGGUAGUCAAGGUGUACAGACUUUAAAUCUGUUCUUCAUCUUACCCAUAGAUCCGAUAAGCAGAGCCUCCCAGACGAUGGCCAAGUGUGUGAAAGCUGUCACUGAGGGAGCACAAGCUGUGGAUGAGCCAGCCAUAUGUUAAAGCUCAGUGAAUAGCCAUCUAUACAUCACUGACUAAAAAUAUGAUACGCACAAUUCUGCUGUUCGCACUUUCCUAGAAACCUGUUUAUUUGCACUGAUGUUCUACUAUUGCAAAUGUGUGAUUAUAAUAGAUGCCUCAUCAGAACUAAUAUUUUAUUACCCAGACAAAAUAAGUGUAUGUGCCACAAAAGAAAACGUAAGCCUACGUUAACCAAAUCUCCAGGAAUGCACACCUGACACUUUAAUUUCACCUUUUAGGACAUGCACACACUGUACUUAGAGCUGUGACCAAAGGUUUUAAAUGUUAUUCCUUCCUGGGUAACACCAGUGUUUUAUCUCCCUGUAAAACCACUGGCAUUAAAAAGUGUUAAUCAUAUAUUUUCCUAAAGUAUUUUGAAUAUAUUGAGUUAACUGAUUUGUGUGAAAAUUAAUAAACCAGUUCUCUCUAGAAAGCCUAAUAUAUUUUCAAAUUCACAAAUCAAAAUGUGUACUCUGUUUUUGUAUGUUUCUAUAAUGUUUGGGUGAUAGUAAACUUUUCCAGCCCCGAG